AUGGGGACUCAAAAGAAGGAAAAGCAAAGAAGGAUCAGACAGAACGAUACCAAGGAUGGUAAUCUUCGUGUCAAGGGUGAAAACUUUUACCGUGAUGCCAAAAAGGUAAAAAAGCUCAGCAUGUACAAGCAAGGUAGGGCUGUUCGUAAUGCCAAGGGAGAAAUAAUACAGGCAGCCGAUCUUCAGAGUACAGAUGUGCCCAAUGCAAGGGUCGAUCCAAAUAGAAAGUGGUUUGGAAAUACUAGAGUUAUAGCCCAGGACGCGUUGACCCACUUUAGGGAGGCGAUGGGAGAUAAAAAAGACGAUUCGUAUCAAGUGCUCUUGAAACGGAAUAAGCUCCCCAUGUCGUUACUUGACCAAGAUAAGACAGAGAGCCCAACUGCCAAGAUUGUGGAGACUGAAUCGUUUGCAUCUACAUUUGGACCUAAGCAGCAACGUAAGAAACCUAGAAUCGCUGCGUCGUCGUUAGAAGAUUUGAUGUCCACCGCGGAGAAGGACUCUACCACAUACGACGAAAAGAUUGAGCUUGAUCAGACAAUGGGAUUGAUGGGGGACUCCAUUUUGGAUAAAGAUGACUUCACCCAGGAGGCCAAGGAAGCCAUUUUCCACAAGGGACAAAGUAAGAGGAUUUGGAAUGAGUUGUACAAGGUUAUCGACUCUAGUGAUGUUAUUUUGCAAGUUCUCGAUGCUAGGAAUCCCUUGGGUACUCGAUGUGAGAGGAUUGAAAAGUAUAUCAAACAAGAAUGUCCACACAAGCAUCUUGUGUUUGUCGUGAACAAAACCGAUUUGGUCCCUACGUGGGUAGCCGCUGCUUGGAUGAAACACUUGUCAAGCUCAUACCCAACUAUUGCUUUCCAUGCAUCAAUCAAAAACAGUUUUGGAAAGGGAUCUUUGAUCUCGCUUCUUAGGCAGUUUGCAACGUUGCACAAGGACAGAAAGUCAAUCAAUGUGGGUGUCAUUGGGUUCCCCAAUACCGGAAAGAGCUCCAUUAUAAAUACAAUUGUGGGCAAAAAGGCAUGUAUUGUUGCACCAAUUCCUGGUGCUACAAAAGUCUGGCAGUACGUUAAGGUCACCUCUUCGAUAAAUAUUAUUGAUUCUCCAGGGGUGGUGCCGUCGGAAUCGAAUGACACCGACGCUGAUCUUUUACUACGUGGUGUUGUUAGAGUUGAAAAAGUAAAGGCUCCAGAACAGUACCUAUCAGAGGUGUUACAGAUUGUUCCGCAAAAGUACAUUGCCCGAACGUAUGGACUCAAGGAGUCUGAAUGUGGAGAAAACUUGUUGGAGACACUUGCUGUCAAAAGUGGUCGUUUGUUGAAAGGUGGUGAGGCUGAUGAGAGCUCAGUGGCGAGAAAGAUUAUUGAAGAUUUUAUCCGUGGGAAACUUCCGUGGUUUUUGGAGCCACCACAAGAUGAAGAGGUUCGUACAGGUGAAGAUAAGAAAGCCGGGUAUAAGAAAAGGAAAGCUGAGGACUAA